UUCUCGUAAUUUUGAUCAAACGCGUUCCCUUUACUUCCUUCAAUUACGCUUCUGUGUCCGCGUUCCCUUUUUCUAAAGAAAACACCAAAACCGAGUCACACACAACACACAAACACACCCUCCUCUGAGUCAUGGACUCGUUCUUCGCUGCUACUGCUCCAUAGGAAAGAAAAGAAAAGAAGAGAGAGCCGUUGACAAAAAUAAGAAACAUGAAUUCCCGAUUUGCCCUUCGCCACCCUCUCAAUUUUCCAAUCAUUGCCAUCACCACAAAACGUUCACUCGUCGGAGCAAACCACACCUCCGCACGCUUCUGCAGCCGAUAAAAACCAGAUACACCAAAUGCCAUUUUUCUUUUGAAUAAAUUUUCUUCAGACAUUCCAUUCAUUCUUUUUUCCUUCAAUUUCUGAGUGCUCAAUUGUUCAUAAUCAUACAUUUUUUUCUAUACAUACAUACAUACCUAAUUUUCGAGAGCGAGGGUGCAGAAUCGGGUUCUAUGGAACCUGCCUUAGGGAAACCGGGCUUCUUCCGGAACGUAAUGGUACGGUUACUAGUCUUCGGUGUUUUUGUUGUCAUUGUACGUUUCGCUUACGUCAUUACUGUCGCCGGAGAAUCCUGCACCGUCGGCGAUUUCUGCUUCUUCUCUAUCCCGCAGAGAGUUAACCUCGCCGUCGCCGGCGCCGGAUCCGGCAGAGGCCCCCUCGCCGCACGCACCAUCGCCGUAUCUUCUGGCGAAACUAGCAAGGAGUGGAUCGGCGCCGUGCGGUUCUACUCCUCGGUGUUCCAGGACCUCAUGGCCGGAGGUUACCUCUCUCCGGAGUCGAAGUCGCUCUGCGUGGAAUCUCCGGCUGGACAAGACGUCGUGGCGCUGAGGGAGAUCGGCGUCGUUGACGCCGUCGGAAUUGCGAAAAAACCGUCGAAGCCGCUGGUGAAGUCCGGCGAGGGUAAGCGGAUUCCGUUUGGCGAGGAUUCGUUCGAUUUCAUCUUCUCCGCCGCCGGAGGGAUUGAGCGGUCAUCGGCGCCGGUUGAGUUCGCGGGGGAGGUCGGCCGGACGCUGCGACCGGGAGGUAUUGCUGUUUUCCAUGUAAAGGCGAACGAUACUUACAGCUUCAAUUCAUUUGUCGAUUUAUUCAAUUGUUGCAAAGUAGAAAAAUCUCAUGAUAUAGAAGGGUUUGAUUCAUCAAUGCCUCACAUUAGAGAAAUUGUUCUGAGAAAAGAAGGUGCUAGGGUUAGUUCUGAUCCCAAAUCAGGUUCCAGUUCUAAUGGAAAAUGCUAUGUUCCUGGGUACAAGCAAGAAUUGGUUAACCAUGCUGAGCCUUUGAUUGAAGAGGAACCAUUGAAACCAUGGAUCACUCUCAAGAGGAAUGUGAAGAACAUAAAGUACCUUCCUUCCAUGGUUGAUAUUAGUUUCAAGAAUAGGUAUGUGUAUGUUGAUGUUGGAGCUAGAAGCUAUGGCUCUAGCAUUGGGAGCUGGUUUAGAAAGCAGUAUCCGAAACAGAACAAGACCUUCCAUGUGUAUGCAAUUGAAGCAGAUAAGCAUUUUCACAAGGAGUAUGAGUUGAAGAAAGCGAUCACAUUGCUUCCAUAUGCUGCUUGGGUGAAGAAUGAGACCUUGACAUUUGAGAUUAAUGGCGAUCCUGGCGACAAGGAGAAGGUUGCAGCUGCGAAAGGAAGAGGGAUGGGAAGGAUUCAACCGGUGAAGAAUCCCGGUGGGUUCGAUGGUGGUGAGGUUGAGAGGAUUCAAGGCUUUGAUUUUGCCGAUUGGCUAAAGAACACGGUUUCGGAGAAUGAUUUUGUUGUUAUGAAGAUGGAUGUUGAGGGUACUGAGUUUGAUCUUAUUCCAAGGUUGUUUGAAACCGGUGCGAUAUGUUUGGUUGAUGAGAUUUUUCUUGAGUGCCAUUACAAUAGGUGGCAGAGGUGUUGCCCUGGACAGAGGAGUCCAAAGUAUGAGAAAACAUAUGAUCAAUGCUUGCAGCUAUUCACUUCUCUUAGACAAAGUGGUGUUCUUGUUCAUCAAUGGUGGUAACGAUUUCCAUGUGAUCAUACACACUUCCUGUAUCAUUACUGUUUCUACAUGUUUUUUCUUCAGUUUCAGCAAACACAGAAGAUUCCUCUGUUUUACAAAUUUCAUUACCUGUAACAGUUGCAAAUGAGAAUGAAAAUCAUCUCUUUAUACAUCAA